AUGGUAGUGGUUCUUCUACGCAGACUCUUUUCAAGCAGCGAUUUGCUUGAUUGGAUUUUGCUUCUCUCGCUGGUGUGGGAGCAGAUGGCAAGAAGAGGCAAACUUGGAUACAAAUGCAACACCAGGCGCAGGGAUCGGUUGGAUGGCAAAGGUUCGGAUGACUCAGAUGAAGAUUACAAGGUAGGUGAAGAUGAGGAUUUCAAUGAAUCAGAGGAUGAAUAUUGUUCUUCUCUUGCCGAGGAUGAGUCAGAAGAGAGUCUAGGUGAAUUUGAGGAGGAAGAAGAGGACAAAUGGGUAGAAAAGAGGGUCAAGCACGCUCGAAGACCUAGAGGUCGAACCGGUGUUCAAGGGAAAAAAAUAAAUGGGGCUGUCAAGCCAAAAAGGAAAAAGGUGGUGGUAUAUAGUGAAGAAGAAGAUGAUGAUGAUUCGGACGAUAAUUUUGCUAGUACAAAGGGAAGAAAGAAAAGGAGGGUGUCAUAUAAAGAAGAGGAUGAGGAUGAAAUUGAGGUUUCAUAUAGAGAAGCAGACAACGAUCCAAGGCCUAGAAAGAAAACCAUGGUUUCUUAUAAAGAAGAUAAUGAUGAUGAGAUGCCCAGAAAGAAAACAGAGUUUUCAAAUAGAGAAAAAAAGGAAGAUGUUGAGUAUGAUUAUUCCAGUGAUGACGACGAUGAUGAUGAGGAAUUUCUACCAGAUGAGAUUGAUGGUAUAGAUGAUGAAGAAGAUUCACCUGUUACUAUGAAGAAUAAGAUGCGCAGGGUGAGUAUGGAAGAGAAGGGAAUCGUCAAAGGACGAAGGAAGAUUAGGAAUGCUAAAGUUAUGAAGAAGACCAAAAGGAAGAAAUCAAUAAAGAAUCAUGUGUCAAUGAGAAAAGUAAGAUCUGACAAUGGUAAAGAUUUUAGAGAUGAUAAACAGAUUGUGCAAAAAAACAAGAUCGCUGAACGGGGAAGGUCAAGGAGGGGGAAGUCAACUUUAAAUUCUGAUUCCGAUUUUGUGAGUUCGGGAUCAUCUGAUCAUGAAUACACCAUUUCUGAGGAAGAGAGAGAACAGAUAAGAGAAGCUAGUGAAUUUUGUAGAAGUUUGAGGUGUUCAAAUUCGAAAAUUAUAGAAGAGAGACUCAUUCUGCCUCCACAACGAAAACGCGUAGUAAGGAAGGGUAAGGGGAAGAUAGAAGGUAUAGAGGUUGAAGCAGGGAAGCAGGUUUGUGGGAUUUGUCUGUCUGAAGAAGGGAAGAGAACAGUCAGGGGAACAUUGAACUGUUGCAGUCAUUAUUUCUGUUUUGCUUGCAUCAUGGAGUGGUCAAAGGUGGAAUCUCGUUGCCCCCUCUGCAAGCAAAGGUUUUCCACUAUCAGUAGGACAGCACGAGCAGAUGCAGGGCUUGGUUUGAGGACUCAGGUGAUUACAGUUCCAGAACGUGAUCAGGUUUAUCAACCGUCCGAGGAAGAGCGCAGGGGAUAUCUUGAUCCCUAUGAGAAUGUGCUAUGUAUUGAGUGUCAACAAGGUGGAGAUGAUGCACUUAUGUUACUUUGCGAUCUCUGUGAUUCUCCAGCGCACACUUAUUGUGUUGGUCUUGGACAUGAAGUGCCUGAAGGUAAUUGGUAUUGUGAUGGAUGUAGGCCAACUGCUCUUGCUUCAUCUGUUGCACAAGGUUUGAAUCCUAGCAUUGAUCAUGGAGCAAGUAACAACUUGUCCAUAAGAUCAUCCCCUGUUGCCAGUUCGCGGGAAACUUUUGACCUCAAUGAGUUGUAUGUACCUGAUACCCCAUUGACUCAAGGAACUGAGCACACUCUGUCUCCAAGAAUUUCUGUUGGGAAUUUUCAAGCUGCUUCUGCAGCUACGGGAACUGGGGCAGCUACAGUAUUAGAAAGGCGUAGAAUACAGCGUCAGAUAUACCAAUUUCUCAAUUACAGAAGUAGACAAUCUGACAGAACUGAUGGGAUGGCCACAGUUUCAGGGAAUGGUCUUUUUGGUACUCAAGUUGGUGGAGGUAGGGAAUUAGUACCUGGAUAUACAGUUACUCCCACGAGGAUGGCACCACAAAAUAUAUAUCUUCAGGAAAGCUUACUAGAAAAUACAACACUUCCCUUGCACCCUAGGGAAGUUUUUUCUCCAAGAUUCAGUAGUUUGAGGGGCCAAUCUAUUCACAAUCAAGCUUCUACAUCUGUGGAUUAUUCUUUUGGUGGAAUGUCACAAGGUGAAUUUAUUGGAAUCAGUGAAAGGGUUGGAUUAGGACAUGGUCAUCAGCAACUCCAUCCUUGCAAUAGCAUAUCAGACAUCAGUACUGAUGUUGGUAUUCCAAACCAAUUUAGAGAGGCUACAACACCUUCAAGGACAUUGCAAGGAUCUUUACGCACACCAUUUUAG